UUUCAAAUCGAUCAAAUUUUGUGUUAGCUUUCAAUAAGGGAGUUGCUGCAAAAUAUGUGAUGGGAAAAUUUAGAAUCUCCGCUAUCUGAAUAAAUUAGUGAUUUCAGAGUUGUUUUCUUCGAACAUUUAUUCCCUUUAUGUGCUUACAAUCUAAGGCAGUUGUUUUGCGUUGAAUUAGAUAUUCUGUUGUAUUAUUUAAUUUAUACAUAUGUGCCUGCAUACAGAUAUUCUACAAUGCUGUAUCAUUUAUUCUUCCUGGUUUCAAUGCUGGGCAUUGGAUGUUCCCAAAAUACAAAGUACAAUCAAGUAAACAAUCCAAAUUCACCUACACAAUAUCAAACAUUCAAUGCUAUCGGCAACACAGGUGACUCGUUUUACAACAGUGUAAGCCGUUACAAGCAGUCUGAAAAGCUGGAUUCUAUCAAUUCGAUGGAAAACUACUGCCCGGAGUACUGGACAUCUUUUCGCAAUACCUGCAUUCGUAUACAUAAAUCCCCACGUAAAGACUACCUCAGUGCGCAAAAAAUUUGUCAGGCAUAUCGGGGUGAUUUAAUAAGCAUCGAUAGUCUAGACAAACAUACCUUUAUUUUGAAACUAUUAAAUACUGAAAAUAGUAAAGGCAAUCAGUAUUAUGUAUCUGCAAGACAGACAUCACCUGGAAGUUGGACCAAUGCCGACAAAUCACAGCUAGUGUCUAUAGAGGAUUCAUUUAACUUCAAUCCAAUUGACGAGAGUAAUAUCGAUGUUGGUUUCUACGGGAACAAAAUUACGCAAACGCAGUUGGAUUCGCAAAAAAAGUAUGGAUUGAAUUAUAAUAGAGAUCGGAACAGCCUGGUGUAUGCUUUUAAUCCCGUUAUUGAGAAGUGGCAAUUUACGCCUGUGGAUGGAACAAAUUUCAACCUAUUUAUAUGCGAAUCUCAACAGCUAUAUACUGUGGAUAAUGUGAACGAAUUAGCGGAUGAUCGACGGGACUAUGGUUAUGGUGUCGAAAUUACUGAUAUAAAUAAAGUACCGAGGGGUCCGUACUUCAUCAGACAACCCCGUGAAACUACUUACGAUACCGGUAAAGUUAAGAUCACCAGGGAUGUCAUGAUGAGUUGCCUGGCAGGAGGAUAUCCGACGCCGACCUACACAUGGUACAAAGAACUUUACUCGAACGACAAUGUAACUGUUAUCAAAAUAGAUCCAUUGGAAAAUGCAAGAUAUACCACUAGUGGUGGCAAUUUGAUAAUUCAUACUCCACAACAAAUUCAAGAUCAAGGAACUUACCAUUGUGUGGCAGAAAAUGUUUAUGGAAGAGUGAUAUCGGAGAGUGUUGAGUUGAAUUUUGGGUAUAUACUGGAAUUUAAUCUGCAACGUUCGUCGGAGGUUGGGGAAAUGAACUGGGGUAAAGCACUGUAUUGCGACCCUCCGCAACAUUACCCUGAUGUGCGCUACUAUUGGUCGCGAGAUUUCUUCCCGAACUUCGUUGAAGAAGAUCAACGGGUAUUUGUGAGUUACGAUGGAUCCCUGUACUUCUCAUCCCUGGAAAUCAAAGAUCGUGCAAAUUACUCGUGCAACGUACAAAGCACUGUCAGCGAUACGGGAAGAAACGGACCGUUCUUUAAUUUGCAAGUUGUUUCGCAUCCGCAUUUCAAGGAUUUGAUAUUUGCAAAUAACUUCCCAAAAAACUUUCCUGAAGCUCCGCUUGCAGGCAAGGAUUUAAGAUUAGAGUGUAUGGCCUUUGGCUACCCGGUGCCUUCUUAUAAUUGGACACGCAGGAAUGGGAAUCUUCCGCGCUAUUCAUAUACAGAGAGUUACAAUAGAGUGCUGGUUAUAAAAAAUUCCACCGUGAAUGAUAAUGGAGAGUACAUUUGCACCGCGAAGAACGAUAGAAAAUCAAUUUCGAAAAGCGUUCUUGUAAACGUACAAAUGCAACCAAAUUUUACGAUACCGUUGAGAGAUAAAAUUAAGGAUUAUCAAAGUUCGGUAACAUUUUUAUGCGAAGCUUUUGCUAUUCCUGAUGUUAAUUACACUUGGUACAAAAAUGCAGAGUUGUUGGAUUAUUCUAAAAAUAAAAUAAACAGAGACAAAUACAUAAUACAAGACAAUGUGCUCAAGAUUAAUAAUCUCGAUCCCGAAGAGGAUGACGGCAUGUACCAGUGCAAGGCUACUAAUCAACUGAAAGGUGUGUACAGCUCUGCGCAGUUACGUGUUCUUUCGAUAAAACCAUCGUUCAAGAAAAAACCUUUAGAACCCGAAAUAUAUUCGAUAUAUAACGGGAAUACAACUAUAGAGUGUGAACCGGAGGCGGCGCCGCGCCCGAAAAUUGUUUGGAAAAAAGAUGGUAAUGUAGUGGGUAGCGGCGGGCAUCGGAGAAUCAUGCCAACAGGUACACUCUAUAUAUCUUCCACUUCGCGGGAUGAUGAAGGUGUUUAUACAUGUGUGGCGAGCAAUUCUCAGGGAGUUGAGGAGUCUAAAUCACGACUGAUUGUACUCCAGGAGCUCCGGUUUAUCGAACAACUGCCACCGAAGGUCAUCAAACAGAUCAAUGAAAUGUUGUACCUCAAGUGUGAUGUUAGUUAUGACGAGUUGCUUGAUGUUGCUUUUCUUUGGGCCCAAAACGGUCGCAUUAUCGAUGCGAACAAUGAUCUGCAAUCGGUUGAUCCAAGAAUUGUAGUAAACUAUAACAGUCUGGAAGUUCAUAAUUUGACGCUAUUGGAUGCGGGAGAAUACGAAUGCAUUGCAAAGUCAGCGGUGAACAGAAUAGUGUCAAAAACGAAUGUAUACAUUCAGGGUCCCCCUGGAGCUCCCGGUGCCAUAAAAGUCAUAGACAUAAAGAAAACAGCCGCUGUAUUGGAGUGGAUAGACGGAAACGAUAAUGGAAGACAAAUUAUGUUCUAUAAUAUAUUGGGAAGAACCAAUUGGAAUAAAACAUGGACUAACAUUUCUGAAAAUGUUCUUGCUCAAGAGGUCGACCGUUAUAACAACAGGAGACGUGCUAUGGUGAAUAAUUUGACGCCAGGUUGUGGUUAUGAAUUCAGUGUGUUAGCAGUGAACGAUUUGGGUGCCGGAAUGCCUAGUCUUCCAUCUCCUGUUUAUAAUACACAAAAAGAUAAACCGUAUAUAGCACCAAGAAACGUGGGUGGCGGUGGAGGUAAAAUAGGCGAUUUAACGAUUGCAUGGGAUCCACUUCUCCCGCAAGAGCAAAACAGCAUUGACAUUCACUACAAAGUAUACUAUCGUUUGCUUGGUCAACGUGAAUGGGCUACGGAAGUUUUGAAACGUCAAGGAAACGUUGGUAGAGCGGUUGUGCACAUUCCGUUCGAUAAAUACUAUACAAAAUACGAAGUGAAAGUGCAGGCUAUCAAUGAUCUCGGCGAGGGACCAAUCAGCGAUAUGGCUGUUAUAUACUCAGCUGAAGACAUGCCACAAGUGGCUCCACAGCAAACCCUUGCUAGGGGUUAUAACUCGACGGCUCUUAACGUAAGCUGGGUACCGGUGUCACAAACCAGAGAAUCAAUCAGAGGCAAACUUAUUGGCCACAGAUUAAAGUAUUGGAAGAAGGAACACAAAGAAGAAAACGCUGUAUACUAUUUAUCGAGAACUACACGACCAUGGGCGUUGAUCGUCGGUCUUGAGCCAGAUACGUACUAUUUUGUUAAAGUAAUGGCGUACAAUGCAGCAGGAGAAGGGCCAGAGAGUGAACGCUACAUGGAAAGGACAUACCGAAAAGCUCCCCAAAAGCCGCCAUCAGCUGUUAACAUUUUUGGCAUCAAUCCAUCUACUAUUCGUGUUGUUUGGCGAUAUAUUGCUCCCUCACAAGAUGAGGAACCUGUGCAAGGUUAUAAGAUACGAAUAUGGGAAACAGAUCAAGACAUGGUGACUGCGAAUGAUACGGUAGUGUGGGUUGGUAGCAAACUUGAGAAAUAUGUCGACAACUUAACACCGGGAAAAUUAUACAAUCUUCGCGUUCUAGCUUUCAGCAAUGGCGGCGAUGGAAGAAUGUCAAGUCCACCUAUUAAAUUUCAAAUGGGUAUGUAAAUGCAUCACGCAAACGCCUUACAAUGCAUCGAACAACUUGAGAGCGGAAGCAGCACUGUAUUGGAUACUCAUAUUGGUAGCAACAAUUAUUUUUGUACGCUCCAGAAGAUCAUGAUUUGAAUCUCAACAGCAGCAACAUUUAUUACCGAAAUUUUGUUCAAGAAGAGAAUCUCAAGAUACAUUCCAUCCAUUUUAAGCAAUGUAGAAAUAGUUUAUUUUUAUUAUAUAUAGUUAACCUGUUAACUGGGCAGUGAAUAUUUUUUUAUAAUGCUGCUUUUCUUCCUUCAAAUGGUAAAGUUGUUAUCAAAACUCAAUUUUGUGUUUAAGAAAUCGUUUUCAACCUGUUGCACGCAGAGUACGUUCAAUAUACUACGUCAUACGGUCAAAAUAUUACAGAUAAUUAUUGUGACUAAAAUUACCGUCAUACCCACUGAAGUAUUAUUCACCCUGUUAACAGGUUAACCGGGAAGGAGAGCUUAGUAUUAUAAAUUAGGUUAUUAAGUUGACCAUUCGCUUCGAAACAUAGCGGGAUCAAUUUGUUACGAUUUACGUUCGUCCAAAAUAUUUUGUACAUCUUUUUCAAUCAUUGACAUCUUGUAACCAUAAAUGAAUCGUCGUAAGAUUAAUAGUACAAAACACAAAAACGACCUGA